AUGAACCCGCCUUCACCCCUUGCGGCCGACGGUCCCAUCCUCGUCCUCUCAGGCCUAGAGAACCCUGCUGUGCCGCCCGGCACACCCCGAGUGGAAAUGCCCGGUCAGCAGAGCACCUUGGAAGAUAGGAUGGAAGCCCUGCAGCGGGAAAUGAUCAAAAUGCAGGAACACAACAAUAUCCUCUCCUCAAACUGGACGACACCCAGAAAUAGCUUCUCGAGCAACAGUCACGUUCAGUUCAGUAGCAGGAUGGCCUGGAACAACUACCAAACGACCAAAGGGCUGGAAAGCAGCCAACUCAGGGUGGUCCACCUGCCGAAGGCUGUUUGUCCCAACUUCGGCAGAACUCCAUGA